AUGGCUGCGACUGCCCAAAGCCAAAGCGAGGAAGUUGCCGUGGAGAUAAAAGCAAACGCUACCGUUCAUAAUCGCGAGAUAGGGACUGACGAAAGCGUCCUUUUUGAGGACACACGCACCCCACACGCACCCCAGGCGCCUUCGACAAUGAACAUUGCUAUCCGUCCGAAUGCGCCUCAAGACCUUCCAGUUCUGCUCAGUAGGGUGAGCAAGCUCGGUGCAUCAUACGCACAGAACGAGGACGAGGAUAUUCGAGCCGAAUACCUGGAUGCGGGCCCGCCGUCUCGUUCGCUCCCCGCAACAGCGGAGAAUGCAUUUAAUGUACGCAGAGCACACUACGCUGCGAUUGAGACCUGUGUCGACCUCGGCGUCUUCGUUUCGUUGUCGAAAGAUGAUACUCCCAAAACAGUGGCUGAGCUCGCCAAAGCUACCCAUGCUGAUCCUUUGCUUCUCUGUAUGCUGCUCCCCCAAAGGGUUCUACUCUUCUCUCCCAUCUGGCAUGCUGACAAGCCAGCCCGCCUCCUCAAGCAUUUAUCCACCAUGGGUGUCAUCAUCGAAACAAGCGAAGACACCUAUCUUUGCAACGGCUUUUCCACGUCUUUGAGCAAUAAGCGCUACAGCGACGCCUACCCAUGCAUGUUCGCUCGUUAUCUUCCCCUAUAUUCCUCUUUUCAGCAAAGUCCGCUGAUACCGUCGUUAGGACCAACUGCAUCACAUACGGCAUCACCAGCCUGCCCUCGUUUCUCAAGAGAACCAACUACACCAACCCAAGCAAUGGUUGCCAUACCGCGUUCCAAGACGGAUAACGCAUCAGCAAGCACUUCUUCGAAUUCCCCAAGAAACACCUCACCUACGGCGCAGAGUUCAAUAACCACAGGACAGCCUACCGUCAGGCCGACCUAG